CCCAGCCGUUAAACCGACCAAGCUCGAGCUCACCAGCGCGCGGUGCACAAAAGGCCCCGGAUGAUCGGUUGAGCCGUGCAGACCAAACAUUCGUCUGGGCAGAAGAUGUUUUCAUGGCUUUAAAACUGUGGCACUUUAAAUUGACAGUAGAUAAAAGAAAAUCCCAGCUGUACGUCAACAAAGGGGGGAACCCAUUCAUCUGCUCAGACAGUGGGAAUGGAUUCAGUCGGUCAUCUCAACUGCAGGUACAUCAGCAAGUUCACACUGGGACAAGGCCAUUCACCUGUUCUGUGUGUGAGAAGGGAUUCAGUCGGUCUUCCCACCUGUGGACACACCAGUCAGUUCACAUCGAGCAGAGGCUGGUCAUCUGCUGAAUUUGUGGGGAAGGAUUCACUCGGUUAUCUGACCUAAUGGCUCACCAGCGAGUUCAUACCGGGCAGUGGCCGUUCACCUGCUCAGACUGUGGGAAGGGAUUCACUCAGUUAUGUAACCUGAAGGUACAUCAGCGAGUUCACACUGGGGAGAGGCCGUUCACCUGCUCAGACUGUGGGAAGGGAUUCACUGUGUCAUCUCAGUUACUGAGACACAAGUCAGUUCACACCGGGGAGUGGCCAUUUACCUGCUCAGACUGUGGGAAGGGAUUCACUAAAUCAUGUAGGCUGAAGGUACAUCAGAGAGUUCACACCGGGGAGCAGCCAUUCACCUGCUCAGACUGUGGGAAGGGAUUCACUGUGUCAUCUCAGUUACUGAGACACCAGUCAGUUCACACCGGGGAGUGGCCAUUCACCUGCUCAGACUGUGGGAAGGGAUUCACUCUGUCAUUUUAUCUGAAGGCACAUCAGCGAGUUCACACCAGGGAGAGACUGUUCACCUGCUCAGACUGUGGGAGGGGAUUCACUCAGUCAUCUCAUCUGAAGGCACAUCAGCCAGUUCACACUAAGGAGAGACCGUUCACCUGCUCAGACUGUGGGAAGGGAUUCACUCGGUCAUCUCUUCUGAAGGCACAUCAGCGAGUUCACACCGGGGAGUGGCCAUUCACCUGCUCAGUCUGUGGGAAGGGAUUCACUCAGUCAUCUCAUCUGAAGGCACAUCAGCGAGUUCACACUGGGGAGAGACCGUUCACCUGCUCAGUCUGUGGGAAGGGAUUCACUUGCUCAUUUUAUCUGAAGGUACAUCAGCGAGUUCACUCUGGGGAGAGGCCAUUCACCUGCUCAGACUGUGGGAAGGGAUUCAAACUGUUCGCUUGCCUACUGACACAUCAGCGAAUUCACACUGGGGUGAGGCCAUUCACCUGCUCAGUCUGUGGGGUGGGUUUCACAAGGUCAUCUGCUGUACUGAGACACCAGUCAGUUCACACUGGGGAGAGGCCAUUCACCUGCUCAGUGUGUGGGAAGGGAUUUGUAGCGUCAUUUGAACUGAAGGUACAUCAGCGAGUUCACACCGGGGAGAGGCCGUUCACCUGCUCAGACUGUGGGAAGGGAUUCAUUCAGUCAUCUCAUCUGAAGGCACAUCAGCGAGUUCACACUGGGGAGAGACCGUUCACCUGCUCAGACUGUGGGAAGAGAUUCACUUUUUCAUGUAAUCUGAAGGAACAUCAGCGAGUUCACACUGGGGAGAGGCCGUUCACCUGCUCAGUCUGUGGGAAGGGCUUCACUUGCUCAUCUCAGCUACUGAGACACCAGUCAGUUCACACCGGGGAGUGACCAU